GCGCGCUUCUCCAGAGGUGGAAACUGCGCCGGGCGCCGGCGCGUUCUGUCCGCACCCCUUCCUUGCCGGCCGGCGCUUCGGCUGCACAGUUUUGCCCAAGCCUCCGAGACUUAGUGAGCAGUGUCUUUCAGAAUUUGCCCACUUUUCUGGUAUAGCUACUUCCAAUGGCUGGGAAUAAAGGAAGAGGACGUGCUGCUUAUACCUUCAAUAUUGAGGCAGUUGGAUUUAGCAGAGGUGAAAAGUUACCUGAUGUAGCAUUGAAACCACCCCCACUAUUUCCUGAUACAGAUUAUAAACCAGUGCCAGUGAAAACAGGAGAGGGUGAAGAAUAUAUGCUGGCCUUGAAACAGGAGUUGAGAGAAACUAUGAAAAGAAUGCCUUAUUUUAUAGAAACACCUGAAGAAAAACAAGAUAUUGAAAGAUAUAGUAAAAGAUAUAUGAAGGUAUACAAAGAAGAAUGGAUACCAGAUUGGAGAAGACUCCCAAGAGAGAUGAUGCCAAGGAAAAAAUGCAAAAAAGCAGGCCCAAAAUCCAAAAAGGCAAAAGAUACCACCGGCAAAGGCACUUCAUUCACUAAUACGGCCGAUGUAUUGAAAAAGAUCGAGGAAUUGGAAAAGAGAAGCGAUGGUGAAAAAUCGGAUGAGGAAAAUGAAGAGAAAGAAGGAAGCAAAGAAAAAAGUAAAGAAGGUGAUGAUGAUGAGGAAGACGAUGCUGCAGAGGAAGAGGAAUAUGAUGAAGAAGAGCAAGAAGAGGAAAAUGACUACAUUAAUUCAUACUUUGAAGAUGGAGAUGAUUUUGGUGCAGACAGUGACGAUAACAUGGAUGAAGCAACUUACUAGCUAUGACAUUUCUCAAAAACUAUUUUUAUGAUACAGCUUUGGAACAUUUGGACAGACUUCUUUCCUAUUUCUGAUAAGGAAUGAGUAAGUAUUUUAUUUUUGUUCCUGUUUUGUUGGACAAACAUUUGUUACCAAAAUAUUCAGAACCACUUUAUGAGUUUACAUACCAGUUAUCUUACCAAUUAGUCUCUGACAUUCUGACAUUCUUUCUCAGUACCUGUUAUCCCUCUUAAGUUUGCAAGCAAAUUUUGUGGGUUUUUUGGUGUUAUUUAGAUUAGAAUGUGCCUAAAGGGUUUUUGCAUCUUUUAAUCUAUGUAUUCAUCCUUGAACAAAUUAUUGUUUAAUUGCUGAUAUUUUGUAAAAAACUAUCACUGGUCAUCAUAAUGGAUUUCUGUAAUCUGAAAGCUGAUUUAAUACUGCACAUACAGCACUUUAAAAACAAAGAAACUUGAAAAUAAUUUUACUUUUUAACUUUUACAUGGUAUGUUCUGUGCUACUACAUUAUGACUACAUAAACCUACCUGACCUCUUACAAGUACAUAUGACAUUAGUUUUGUGAUUGAAAACACACACACAGGGAAAGAUGCCAAUUAGAGCUAUGUAAAUUUCACAGCUAACAACUCGGCCAGUGCAAAAACCUGAGAUGCAUAUUAAAAAGACUUGAAUUUGGGGAUAACUUCAUACCAUCCAAUAUAUGAGUUAAUCAUCAUUCCACCAUAAUGUUUGGUAUCUUCAAAUCGUUGGGCUUAUGAAAAAUUAGACUGAGAUAUCUGAUUUAAAUUAGUACUUUAUAGAAGGUGGAGUAAGUUUUAGUUAUGUAAAUCUCACUGCAGAAUACAUAUGUGAAAUCUGUAAGGUGUAAUGGCCUCUAUUUUAACGUUUCCCUGAAAAUAAGACCUAG